GUCUCCGAUCUCCAUCUCUCUGACUCCUCUCGCCACCGGCCACCUCGCUCCUCCCCGGGCUUAUCUUCCCCACACGUCACUCAAGAACCCUGUGACAUCUCGAUCCAUAGCCUUUAGCAUCCCGUCCUCACCACCCCUAUAAAUCGCAUCGUCCGGCGGCAAGCAAAGGAUACGCGCAAAGAAAGGAACAGGUCGAGGGAGAGACAAAAGUGAGAUCGAGCGAAGGCUUUAGGACUUGCCGUUGUCGGGGUUUCUGGAUCGAUCUUUCUGCGAGCUGCCCGUACGCGACGUGUACGUACAUGAGGAUCCACCCGUCGACGACGCCCGGUGGCGCCAAGAAGGACCUCCGCCGGCUGCCGCACGUGUACAGCAAGGUGCUCGAGCUGCCGCUCCCGGCGGACGCUGACGUCGCGGCGUUCGAAGGCCCUGGCGCGUUCCACUUCGUCGCAUCCUGCGGCAGCACCGGCGAGGUGAGGGCGCGCGCCGUGAGAAUCCAUCCCGGUGUCGUGAAGGUGGUGGUGGUGCAGGCUGGGACCGGAGGCCGCGAGGAUGGCGAUGACGGCUGCGGCGGCAUGGAGCUUGACCGGUGGAGAUCCAGGCUGCCUGAGGCGAGCUGCCCGGCACUGACGGUGGCCGGGUACGUCGACGGGCAGCUCGUCGUGACGGUGCCGAAGGCAAGCGGAGGCGACGGGAGUGACGGGGCUUGGAGGUGCUGCAAUGGAGGAGGGGAGAUUAGCCCAAGUCUUGUGGCUGUACAGUAGAACCAGUCAGACGAUAGUGUGUAUGAGCGCUUCUAAUUGCUCAUCUUCUAUAUCAUGUUCUCUCCAUCUUCGUUUUUUUGUUGUUGUAAAAAAAUAUCGGUGCUUUCUGUUCUGUCCCUUGCCUGGUUUAAGGAGGAACUGUUCCAUCUCUUUA